UCUGACAAAGACAGAGAAGGUGCAGAGGACUUCUCCUCAGACCUGCUCUGGACAGCAGAGCCGCAGACAUUCAUGGAAGAAAUAAAAGUAGAACGUGUGUGAGCUGAUGGGAAUCCAACAGCAUGGACUUGCAUGGGGACAGAGAGGGGGGAGCCCCUCCCUCUACUACUGCUCUGCGACAUAAGCAUGAGAGCCAGAGCAAAGUUCAGAGGAACCAGCCAAGACUUGGAUCCAGAUCCAGCUGUGGUUCCUUCAAAAGUGACCUUUCAAAGGAUUUUGAUAUUAACUUCAAGGAAAACACUUCACCCAAGAGGUGUACAGAAACGAUCCUAUGCUGGAGUCUGUCAACAUAAACUACAGUCUAAGCUGAAGAAAAAGUUCCAGUGUGUGUUUGAGGGGAUUACUAAAGCAGGAAACCCAACCCUUCUAAAUGAGAUCUACACUGAGCUCUACAUCGCAAAAGGAACUGGAGAGAUCAACCAAGAACAUGAGAUCAGACAGAUUGAAGCAGCUUCCAUGAAAGCAGACAGAGCAGACACAAGUAUCAGACAAGAGAACCUCUUCAAGCCCUCAGCUGAAAGACAAGAACCAAUCAGAACUGUGAUGACAAAGGGAGUGGCCGGCAUCGGAAAAACAGUCUUGACACAGAAAUUCACUCUGGACUGGGCUGAAGGCAAAGCCCACCAGAACAUCCACUUCACAUUUCCAUUCACUUUCAGAGAGCUGAAUGUGCUGAAAGAGAAGAAUUUCAGCUUGGUGGAACUUGUUCAUCACUUCUUCCCUGAAACCAAAGAAGCAGGAAUCUGCAGCUUCGAAGACUUCCAGGUGCUCUUCAUCUUUGAUGGUCUGGAUGAGUGUCGACUUCCUCUGGACUUCCACAAGACUCUGAUCCUAAAUGACCCUAGAAAGUCCACCUCAGUGGCUGAUCUGCUGACAAACCUCAUCAGGGGGAACCUGCUUCCCUCUGCUCGUCUUUGGAUAACCACACGACCUGCAGCAGCCAAUCAGAUCCCUGCUGACUGUGUUGACAUGGUGACAGAGGUUAGAGGCUUCAACGACCCACAGAAGGAGGAGUACUUCAGGAAGAGAUUCAGAGAUGAAGAGCAGGCCAGAAAGAUGAUCUCUCACAUUAAGACAUCCCGAAGCCUCCACAUCAUGUGCCACAUCCCAGUCUUCUGUUGGAUCACUGCUACAGUUUUGGAGAAUCUGCUGAAGAGCAAAAAGAAAGGAGAUCUGCCCAACAGUCUGACUGAGAUGUACAUCCACUUCCUGGUGGUUCAGGCCAAAGUCCAAAUGGUCAAGUAUGAUGGAGGAGCUGAGACAGAUGCUCACUGGAGUCCAGAGAGCAGGAAGAUGAUGAAGUCACUGGGAAAACUGGCUUUUGAGCAACUGCAGAAAGGUAACCUGAUCUUCUAUGAAUCUGACCUGACAGAUUGUGGCAUUGAUAUCAGAGCAGCCUCAGUGUACUCAGGAGUGUUCACACAGAUCUUUAGAGAGGAGAGAGGCCUGUACCAGGACAAGAUCUUCUGCUUCAUACAUCUGAGUGUUCAGGAGUUUCUGGCUGCUCUUCAUGUCCAUCUGACCUUUAUCACCUCUGGAGUUAACCUGAUUGAAAAACAAAAAGCAAAGUUCCCUAAAUUAAAUCAAAUCAGGCCAACUCAGUUCUACCAGAGUGCUGUAACAACAGCCCUACAGAGUCCAAAUGGACACUUGGACUUGUUCCUCCGCUUCCUCCUGGGCCUUUCACUGCAGACCAAUCAGAGUCUCCUACGAGGUCUGCUGACACAGACAGGAAGUAGCUCCCAAACCAAUCAGGAAACAGCUAAGUUUAUCAAGGAGAAGAUCAGUGAGAAUCUGUCUGCAGAGAAAAGCAUCAACAUGUUCCACUGUCUGAAUGAACUGAAUGAUGGUUCUCUAGUGGAGGAGAUCCAACAGUCCCUCAGUUCAGGACGUCUCUCCACUGAUGAACUGUCUCCUGCUCAGUGGUCAGCUCUGGCUUUCAUCUUACUGUCAUCAGAAGAAGAUCUGGAAGUGUUUGACCUCAAGAAAUACUCUGGCUCGGAGGAGGCUCUUCUGAGGCUGCUGCCUGUGAUCAAAGCCUCCAGAAAAUCUAUCUUGCGUGACUGUAAGCUGUCAGAGAGAAGCUGUGAAGCUCUGUCUUCAGUUCUCAGCUCUCAGUCCUCCAGUCUCAGAGAUCUGGACCUGAGCAACAACGACCUGCAGGAUUCAGGAGUGAAGCUGCUUUCAUUGGCAAUGCGUAGUCCAAAAUGUCAACUGGAGACUCUUAGUCUGUCAGGCUGUCUGAUCACAGAGGAAGGCUGUGCUUCUCUGGCCUCAGCUCUGAGCUCCAAUCCUUCCCAUCUAAGAGAGCUGGACCUGAGCUACAAUCAUCCAGGGGAGGCAGUGAAGCUCCUGAAUGCUGGACUGAAGGAUCCAAACUGGAGACUGGACUCUCUGAGGGUGGAACCCGCUGGUCUCCGCUGGUUGACAUCAGGUCCCUGGAGAUAUUCCUGUCAGCUCACAAUUGACACAAACACAGUGAACAAAAAGCUCAAACUGUCUGACAGCAACAAGAAGGUGACCUUUGUGGAGGAGCUUCACUCAUACCCUGAUCAUUCAGACAGAUUCGAUGGUUGGUCUCAGCUGCUGUGCAGAGAUGGCCUGACCGCUCGCUGCUACUGGGAGGUCGAGUGGAAAGGAAAAGUUCAUGUAUCAGUGAGUUCCAGAGGAAUAAAAAGGAGAGGAGACAGAGGAGACUGUUUGUUUGGGUUAAAUAGUCAUUCCUGGAGUUUGAGCUGCUCUGACGAUCUUGGUUAUUCAGUGUGGCAUGAUGGUAAACAAACAUUCUCCUCUUCAUCCAUUUCCUCUCACAGAGUAGCAGUGUAUGUGGACUUUCCUGUUGGCACGCUGUCAUUUUUUAGAGUUUCCGGUCACUCAUUGAUCCCCCUCCACACCUUCAACACCACAUUCACUGAACCUCUUUAUCCUGGAUUUGGAUUCAGUUUGCUUGGUUCCUCUGUGCUUCUGUGCUGAGUUUGGUGUAAGACCUUCAAAGAGCUUUGGGAGUUCUCUGGCACCCCCAGAAGCAGCGGCAAAGACGUUUGCCAAUAUACACAGUUUAAAACAUUUUAAAUUCCUUAUGAUUCCUUCUUUUUCCAGUCCUUUAAAGAUUAAAACAAUCAUUAUUCCAAGAUUUUCUGAUAGAUAGAUUUUCAGGUAGAUUUUUUCUACCUGAACAUGGUUCAGACAGACACGUGUACCACGCAUCCUUGUGGUAAUAUCCCAAAGUGGCAAGUAUUUUGUAAAAUCAAAUUACUGAAAAAACUGUGUUUUUAAAUAUUUCAAUUUGUCUUUUAAUUUUUUUUGUUUGUCAAUUGUUUUUAAUGGAAUUGAAAUAUAAAUUACUUCUUUUUCAUUAAUGCCACUUCAGUGGUUCACAAACACUUCAAUGUCAUAUGUAAAGAUAAAUAAAGAACUAAAUAACUGGUGAUUUAAUAAAUCUAAUGUAUUUGUGCUAAAACAUAAUAUAACAAUACAUUUUUUAACCUUUCAAAUAAAAUAUUUUGUGGUUUGAAUUUCAUCACCAAAGGGUGUUUUGUUUAACAGAAAAUAAAAAAAUGAUAUCUUUUUCCAGGGGUACACAAACCGUACCCAUGCCCAUAUUUGUGCAAAAGUGAAUAAGCAGGUGGGUUGAACGAAUGUGUGCGUCUUACAGUGCACCUUGAUCCCACUGAAUGCUCCAGCAAAGGCAGGAGGCCCGGCACCCCACAGCCAGCGGCAGACAGCACAGCAGCCCGGCCGAUCCAGGCAUCGAAACUUUUUUUUUUUGCUUUCGUAAAAUAUUUUUGUAUUUACAACACAAAUGUUUUCGCAUGCGUUGUGUCUCAUCUUGCUUUUUCUCUAUCUUUGAUUUUGCUCUCAUAAGUUUCAGUUUAGUGUGACAUAGCCGCCAUCGAACAGCCUGCUGAUUGGUCUAGAUUCUAACCAAUCAGGUGUCUCUGUUUGUAUUGAUGGUGCUUGGAGGCAGACAUUUACUUUGGACAUUGUCGGUUCUGUUCGAACGGGAUUCUGCAGUCUUCAACCAUUCUGGCUCGUUUCUCUCAGAGUAAAAUGCAGAAGGAACUCGAAGCCAUAAAAAAAUAAAACUGUUUUUUUUUUAUUUAUUUAUGUUAGUGUAGCGACCAAUGUGUUUAAAUGUCCCCAGCAGAACUCUGACUCCGUCCAGUCAGAAGUAACAGUUUUUACGAUUAAGAUUUGUAUCUGAACCAUUGUUUUAUUUUCAUCAAUAAAUGUUGAAAUAUGAAGACAAAAUUUUUCUCCAUGAAUGUGAAAAUAAAGAUACAAUCAAUUAUUUAUUUUUCUGUUUUUUCCCCCAGAAAUGAACAAAGCAGUCUUUUUUGUUUUUCUCACUGUUGGUUUUCGGUUUGAAAAACAGAUGAAGGAAUGAUACACAGAUUCAUACGAUUGGCUGAAAACGAACACGGCUGGUUGGCUGAUGAAUUUGAUUGACAAAUUCAUUGGAAGCAAGAAGCAAGACAAGGAAAAGUGGUAACUGCUUAAUUUUAUUGUUGGUGAGGGGAAACUUGCGAUUCACACAAGCAGGAAAUGCAAAAUAGCAGGCGGACCUCUAGCUGAUGCAGUUCGUAUGUGGCACUGUAAUGUCCGUCCAGGCUAAAGCUGGAAUUCUCCUUUUUCAGACUGUCGAACUGUUUGUCCUGUUUUAAAACAAUCUGCUGCUUUGACAUUGUUCUACGUCAUGUGUCAAAUGGUGAACUAUGUUAUGCUCCUUUUUUAUGUGAGUAAUUGUUCUUUUUCUUGUUAUAUGUGAUCCUUGAUUAAAAUGACGUUUUAAAACAAAAAAAAAAA